AUGCGUUCUUUCUCUUUUCCGGGGCCUCAAGGAGACAAACUGAAAGAGCUGCUGCUGUCGAAGCCUGCUGUUGCUGCUUCGGGUGUAUUGGCAGCUCUGGCGGGUGUCUACUGGGGCUCUCGGCUGUACCGACACUGGCGCGGCCGCGGCCGCCGCAGCAGCAGCAGCAGCAGCAGCAGCAGCAGCAGCAGCAGCGGGGAGGGGCUGCUGCUGCCGGAAACUGCCAAGUGGAGCUUCCGAGACUGUCUCCUUUUGGUGGAUGUGGCAGCAGCAACAAAGGGACUGCUGGGGGGGGCCUUCAAGCGGGGCUCGGCUCAGGUGUACGUACACCUCAAGGCCCAAAGAGCUGCGCUCAUUUACACUCGAAUUCCCUCGGCUUUUAAAAGUCCCUUUCGAGCUUUUUUCCGCAAAGAGGAGACAGUUCGCGAGCUCUUUGAUUUGCCAACAGACCACUGCUUCGUGUCUCCCGCUGCUGCAGCAGCAGCAGCAGCAGCAGCAAGCAGCAGCAGCAGCAGCAGCAGCAGCAGCAGCGGCGGCGGCGGCGAGGAGGGGGGGCCCCUGCCGCCCGUGUACCUGCGCGAGUACGUGCAGAAGGGCCUCUUCAGGGGCCCCCGGACCAUUGGUCUGGUGCUGCAUGCAGAGAGGUCCACUGGUCCACUGCUGCUGCAGCAAACUGCAGCAGCAGCGCCGCCGCCGCCGCUGGACCUGCUGGAAGCCAUAAAGCUCAAGUACGCAGAAAGCCUGCAGCCCCAGGUCCAGCUGGAGCCCCCCCCAGCAGCAGCAGCAGCAGCAGCAGCAGCAGCAGCAGCAAACAGGGAGCUGCUGCAGACCCUCGAAAAAGCAGCAGCAGCAGAAAGUUGUGUGGGGCCCCUCUUGUGCGUGGAAGGAGUUGCUGUGUCUUCCUUCGGGAGUGUAUGUACAGUGCAUGCAGCAGUUGACGACCCGAGGCCCCUCAGGGUCUUCGCGGAUCUUCCUUCCCAGACCUUCAUCAUUUCUGCUGCUGCUGCUGCUCCUGCUGCUGCUGCUCCUGCUGCUGCUGCUGCUGCUGCUCCUGCUGCUGCUGCUGCUGCUGCGCCGGCAGCAGCGGAGGCGCCGGAGCAGCCGGCAGCAGACGCAGCAGCAGAGGCGCCGGGCGCUGCAGCAGCAGCUGCAGCAGCAGCUGCAGCAGCACCUGCAGCAGCAGCUGCAGCAGCAGCAGAAGACGAAGCAGCAGCAGAAGCAGCAGCAGCAGAGUACAGCAUAGUGCUUCCCAGCCACUGCUUGCUGGCAGCAGCAGCAGACGCGAGCUACAGCGUGUCAGUGUUUGCUGUGGAUGUGGAGCGCCGGGGUGUACGUACACCUGAGGCCGCUGCAGCAGCAGACUGGGCAGGGGGGGAAGCAGAAAAAGAAAAAGAAAAAGAAAAAGAAAAAAGAGAAGCAGCAGAAGAAGCAGAAGAGAAGGGAGACAAAGAAGGACACAAAAAGGAAGAAAAAGAAGAAAAGCUUCCCAGCCACUGCUUGCUGGCAGCAGCAGCAGACGCGAGCUACAGCGUGUCAGUGUUUGCUGUGGAUGUGGAGCGCCGGGGUGUACGUACACCUGAGGCCGCUGCAGCAGCAGACUGGGCAGGGGGGGAAGCAGAAAAAGAAAAAGAAAAAGAAAAAGAAAAAAGAGAAGCAGCAGAAGAAGCAGAAGAGAAGGGAGACAAAGAAGGACACAAAAAGGAAGAAAAAGAAGAAAAAGAAAAAGAAGAAAAAGAAAAAAAAGAAAAAGAAGAAAAAGAAAAAAAAGAAAAAGAAGAAAAAGAAGAAAAACAAUUCCAAUAUGUCCGAAUCCAAUUUAGGCCGCACCCCAAAGGCAACUUGAGUGUCGCUCUUCCUUCGCUGCCUCCCAGGAUUCUGGGCCCUUAG